AUGGAAAUCAAAACAAAUAAAACAGAUGUAUUUCUAUAUUACAAAGAGGUGGAUACAUGUUUGAGAUCGACGCGACUAGUAAAUUUUAAAUAUCAAUCAAAAAACAAAGCGUCUAAACAAAAUGGUCGUUUUGAUCAGAAGAAUGAGUCCAGCUAUUGGUGUGAUACUGAGAGUGAAUAUGCAAGUUAUUUACUGAUUUCAAAUUAUUCUCAUAACAGAGAUAACGGAUGA